GGCUGAAUAAGGGCUAACCUGAUGAGGAGGGCUAGUAGCUGUCUCGCAGUUUAAAAGCAUGUUGCAAAAUAUCCCAUUAGCCUUCUCAUUCUUAUCACUCCACCCAAUUGUUUCAAUUCAAUCUACUAUAAUCAUUGUCAUCACAAGAUGAAUCAUCCCUUACUCAGCACCUCGCCGAAAGGCCUUACUGAGCUCCCCAGCUCAGAGAGCGCUACUAUCGAUGCGCAGGAUGUGCGUGAGUGCGCCGCUCGAGGUGAAUUUGAGGAGAUGCGAGGAGCAGCUUUCUAUAAUCGUACCUGGAUUGUCACCGAACGAUAUAGUAUUGUUGGGGAUGGAGUAGACUCUCUUGAAAAACACCUCCACUCCCUGUGGCACAUGUACUACCAGCUCGGUCUACAUACGUCACAUGAAUCGUCUGCCCAAGAUAGCCUGGUUCUCGAUAUCCUCCGCAUUCAGGGAAAGGGACCCUUGACUAGAACUGUACGUGGGUCCUACGGAAUCGAUAUCGCUCGUACAGCCGACGGCACGCUGUGGAAUGAUUUGCCUUUCUUGGUCACGGACAUGACUACCUUCUGGAUCAACAGUUGCGCGUCCAUGUCGGGUGUUCAACGCCUCAACUUUUCUACCUUCCUAGCAAAGCUGGCGUCCACCCGUGUUAGCAAGGAUAGAAUGUGCCGUAUCGCUCUCAUUCUAUUUCGUUCUACUUUUGAGGAACCACGACCUGUUAGCACUACAGACAUGGAUGAUACAAACACACAUCGGACCACCAGGGGGCUUGACAUGAUACACUUGCUGCCAGCUGCAUGUGCGUGGAUCAAAGUGGCCGGUCACAAUAUCAUUCAACUUUCAGACGUCUCAUGGAAUGAUUUCCCAAGCGCAAUUGGUCAGGGUGGCGAGUUUUUCGUCGAAUCAGAGCUUGGGAAGCGAUCAUCAGCUGGAUUUACGCCCUGGAGAUGGAUGUAUUGGCUCAAACGUCUGCAUGAGAUCCGGGAAGAAGCAAAAGAAGCUAACGAGAAACGCGUAGAGGAGCAUGCCAGCGAAGCUAUUGAUCUUAUGGUUCAAGGAGUAAGGGGACAUAAUUCUGGAAUUUUGAGGGCGUACCAGAACGGCGGAAACGUCGUACAGGAAGACAAACAUUUGGUAUGUCUGAGAGGGGAAGACUCGAUAUAACAUAGUGAUUAUAGUUCAUCAUAUCUCUCUCUUACCCUUCUGUUGUCUCUGGCUCCCUGGACUCAAGUGAUUAUCCCCAGGAAACCAUGAUCACGUCUGAGGAAUGAAUCUGCG